CUCAGUGCUGAGUGAGGCAACACCAUCUGACUCAUUCCCCUGUGGGCUCUUAUAUGUAAGCUGCAGGAAAGCAUUUCUGACCACAAAAUGUAAGAUCUGUAACUAGAAAGAAGAAAAAAAAGCGACGAAGAAAAGAGAAGAAAAUAAGCUCAUUAAUUGAACUAAGGUGACACCACACUGGGAUAUUCUCAGUAUCUUCAAUAUCAAACAUCUGCACAGGUUGCCUCCAAAGACAUGGAUACCUUGAUGGAUGGGGAUUUGAGUGUGACCGGUAACGCCAGCCAUCAAACUGGAGGAGAAGGACUAGAAGGCAGCAAAAGCCACGGACUCAACCACAGUGACCCCCUGGACAUGUUUAUAGGCAUAGAGCUUCUUCUACGUUUCAAACCUCUCUUCCUGCCUCUGUACUCCCUCGUAGUGGUCGUGGCUGGUGUUGGAAACUCCUUCCUAUUGGCUUGCAUCUUGUCUGACAAGAAACUCCAUAAUGCCACCAACUUUUUCAUUAGUAACUUGGCAGCUGGAGACCUGUUGAUGUGUUUGAGUUGUGUUCCACUGACUGUGUCUUAUGCCUUUGACAGCCAUGGCUGGGCUUUUGGGAGACUCCUCUGCCACCUGGUCCCCUUGCUGCAAUGUGCCACAGUGUUCGCAUCUGUGCUUUCACUCACUGCCAUUGCUGUGGAUCGCUAUGUUGUUGUAGCUCACCCAGUACGGAGGAGGAUCUCUGGUUGGGGUUGUGGUGCAGUGACUCUGGGUGUCUGGGUUUUAUCUCUGGCCCUGGCUGCACCUCAGUCUCUUUACACACACUAUAUGGACCUGCGACCCAAUGGCAUCGACCUAGUAGUGUGUGAGGAAUUCUGGCCACAUAGUGGCAAUCUGCGGCUGCUCUACUCCUGCUUCACCCUCAUUGCCUCCUAUAUGAUCCCGCUGCUGUCGGUCAGCGUAUCCUACUGUGCAAUCACUGUCAGCCUAAAACGCUAUUCAGUACCUGGGGAGGCAUCCAACAGCCAGCAGCGCUGGAGCCGAAGGAGGAAGAAGACCUUUACUCUCCUGGUGGCGUCAGUGCUGGCUUUCGCCCUGUGUUGGCUGCCCCUGCAGGUGCUGAACCUGUUGCUGGACCUGGACCCGGACUUUCACAUCAUAGGGAAGCGCUACAUAAACGUCUUACAAGUCUGCUGUCAUUUAGUGGCUAUGAGCUCUGCAUGUUACAACCCCUUCAUCUACGCCUCACUGCACAGCAAGGUGCGCAUGCACCUGAAAGGCUACCUCUGUCCUUGCCGCAAUCGUCAGAGGGGGAUGGUGGAGAGGGCGACGUCCAGGAGCUGAUUUCAGAACGUGGUAGCUAUGAUACAACUGCUUGAGCAGCUCCUGACAACAGAGCCCUGUCCUUAACCACAAGCUAUCACCUGCACCUGCAACAUUGAUGUUAAUGUCUGACGUGUCCAGGAGAAAAUAAGGCAACUGCUUCAAUUUCAUUUAAACCAGAUUUCUCCAUGCUUUACCAGAAUUGUGUGACUUGAAGGCAUUUGGGCUGCUGUUGUAUAGUGUAACCAGAGACAGUGCUUAAUAAGGCCACUUAUUACAAAGAGUCAAAGAAGCAGAUCCAGACCAGACUGUAGAUUAGUACGCUGAUGAAGAAGAUUAAGCCAUCCACUGGGAUCCCUGUGUUUUUCUUGGAUGGCAGAGCUGCUGGCAUAGACACUAAGCAGAUCCUGCAACUUUAAAAAGGACAGCAGGGGCAUAAACAUGGGGUUCUGGAGGCAAGGGCAGGCGUGGCUAUACUGUUUGCAGGGCCUAGUUAUACUUACAACAGUAAACGCUUGACUUCAGGGAGCUGAACUCAAUGAACUUUUCUCACCAAACAUGAAUUACAGACCAAGAAGAGGAUUAUGUGAUUGUUUUAUUUUGUCCCUAGUACUGAAUGUCUAUGCUUCAAUAUCAGUUAUGUAUCUCUUAUAUUGAAUCAUUAUAUUAGAUUUUUCAUUUUAAAAUACGCAUUACUUGGUAUUUUUGGUGUCAUUAUCUAGUAAUUGUUCUUUGUGGUUUGGCUCCAAUGUAUAACUUUCUGUGUCACCUGUGCACAUGUAUAGAUAGGUUUGUGUUUGUGCAUGCAUAUGUAGUGUGCACAGUUUGUGCACUUCAAUACAGCGCUGGGAGAUUAAAUCUGCAGGUUGUAUUUCACCAUCAGACCUCUGUUUCAAAAAUGUUAUCAAUACCAAAUUCAUAAAUGUGUUACCUGAUGAACAAACUCCCAGUGCAUUGGCUCUGUCUGGAAAAAAUGAUCAGCUUAAUAUUUAGAGCAUUAACAAUAAAGUCACCCAUCAAGUAUGAUUAAUGCUUUCUUUCUUUGUCAAUGUCUAUCAAGUCAAUAUUUUAACAUGCCUCAUGUA